UGAUACGUCACCUAAAACUCCAAAGGGACCCCAAUAUCUAUUAGCAUCGUUAGCAUCGUUAGCUCAGCUUGUGAACACUGUCGGUUUGUGUAAUAAAGAUGUCUGUUUCUCCAGCAGUCACGACUUUAUGUGAGAAUUCAGAUGAAGCCUUUCUGGACGCGGCGAAGCUGUUACUGACGUACUCUGAUAAUAUCAUGAGGUUUCCCAAUGAGGAAAAGUACCGAUCGAUCCGCAUCGGAAACCCCACGUUCUCCACCAAGCUGCUGCCCAUCAAAGGAGCCGUGGAGUGCCUCUUUGAGAUGGGGUUUGAGGAGGCUGAGACCCACCUGGUGUUCCCCAGGUCUGCAUCAGUGGAUCAGAUGAAGCUCAUCAGGGACUCCAUAGCAGCAGAAAGAGACCGGAGACUGGGGGGGAGGCAGGCUGCAUCUCCCAUUACUCCCACUACUCCCACUUUAGCCACUACCUCUCCCACUACUCCCACUUUAGCCACUACCUCUCCCACUACUCCCACUUUAGCCACUACCUCUCCCACUACUCCCAGCUCAGCCUCAGCUCCAGUGAUCUCUGCACCUCCUCCACCUCAGCCUUCCUCCCUGGAGAACAGUAUGAACUUCUUUGCCACCCUGCAGUCUAACUUCCAACACGUGCUGCUGUACGAGAACCUGGAUCUGCAGCAGAAAGCUCUGAGCCGCAUCCCUGAGGAGAGGCUGAGGUCUGAGGCAGAGGUCCAGCUGAGAGGGGCCAGAGAGGAGGAUCCAGAUCUCCUGUCUGCAGACUGUAAACUGGGCCUGGAGGACUUCCUGGUGCUGGAGCUGCUCAGAUGGUUCAAACAGGACUUCUUCUCCUGGGUGGACCACCUGCCGUGCAGCCGCUGCUCAGGAGCCACGCAGAACUCUAACCCUCUGCAGCCCUCUGCUGAGGACCUACGCUGGGGGGCCCAGAGGGUCGAGAACCACUACUGUCACACCUGCAGGCUCUCCACCAGGUUCCCCAGAUACAACAAUCCUGAGAAGCUCCUGGAGACGAGGAGGGGGCGCUGUGGGGAGUGGGCCAACUGCUUCACUCUGUGCUGCAGAGCCAUGGGUCUGGAGGCACGGUACAUCUGGGACAGCACAGAUCACGUGUGGACGGAGGUUUUCUCCACUUCUCAGCGCCGGUGGCUGCACUGCGACUCGUGUGAGAACGGCUGUGAUAAACCUCUGCUUUAUGAAGUGGGCUGGGGGAAGAAGCUGGCCUACAUCCUGGCUUUCUCCAAGGACCAG